GGGCCGAAUAACCUGCUGAAAGUUCACGCUCACCCGUGAAGGCUCAAGUUGCCAGUUUCUUACUCACCUUGAUAUUCGUUUCUUUGCCUGUCCUCAUCAAGUCAUUCACAAAUGUCUGGUGCAGCAUCUGCGGCCGCAGGGUCGAAAUUUUCCGCGUUCAUGAAUCAUCCAGCCGGCCCGAAGACUGUCUUCUUCUGGGCGCCAAUGAUGAAGUGGUGUCUAGUUGCUGCUGGAGUGAGGGACUUGAGUCGGCCAGCAGAUAAACUCAGUAUAUCACAAAACGUUGCUCUCGCAUGCACAGGUUUCAUCUGGGUGAGGUACUCUUUGGUCAUUACUCCGAUAAACUACAGUCUGGCAGCGGUGAACUUCUUUGUCGGCUCCACAGGUCUGGGUCAGUUGGCCCGGAUUGCAAAUCACCGGUACAAUAACCCAGAGGCGGUCAAGGCCUGAUUAGCGUCGUAGAAGUCUUGCUUUCUAUUCGUAUUGUUCUUGCAAUGUCACUUUGUCAAAGCACCCGAAUUCCUCCUGUUCGAAUCAAAUAUGUACAGUGAUAUAAGUCAUGUCUACGCUCGAAAAGAUAUCAUCGGUUCCUGGUCU